CGUACGCCGAGUGGGCCGCAAUGGCGUUAGGUUGCCGGUGAGCGGGAGGUGUGGGGAGAGAGAGAGAGAGAAGCUGGUGGUCGGUUGGUGGGGGUGCGGCAAAGUGCGAGCUCCGACAGCCGUUGGGAUUACAGCUGAGCCCCAGCCAUGGACUGAAGAGGAGGCGGCGUCGGUGGUGCCAGCCCGACAGGCCGCUCGCCAUGAACAUCGACGUGGAGUUUCACAUCCGCCAGAACUACCCGUGGGCCAAGCUGCCGGCCAACGUCAGGCAGAGCCUUGGGAACUCUCAACGCGAGUAUGAGAAACAGGUUCUGCUUUACAGCAUCCGCAAUCAGCUGCGAUAUAGAACUAACUUGGUUAGAUACAUCAAGAAAGAUGAACGCAAAUAUUAUGAAGAGCUAUUUAAGUAUAGCAGAGAACAUCUCAUGUUGUAUCCAUACCAUUUAUCUGACAUAAUGGUGAAAGGAUUGCGGGUCACACCUUUUUCCUAUUAUAUAGGAAUUAUGGAGGAUAUCAUGAACAGCGAAAAAAGUUAUGAUUCAUUACCUAACUUCACAGCUGCUGAUUGUUUAAGGCUUUUGGGAAUAGGAAGGAACCAGUAUAUUGACCUCAUGAAUCAAUGUAGAUCAUCAAAAAAAUUUUUCAGGAGGAAAACUGCUCGUGACUUGCUACCAGUGAAGCCUGUAGAGAUUACUAUUGAGCCAUGGUGGGUGGUUCAGGCUGGUUUCAUCACAGAAGAUGAUAUCAAGCUUUGUUCUGGGCCUGAAAAGAGUUCUAUUGAUAAAAUUAUUGAUUCAGGACCUCAGUUGGUUGGAGUACUGGAACACAAUGUGGUUCUUGGUUUGUACAACAAAGGCUUCAUUUACCUUGAUGUACCAAUAUCUGAUGACAGCUGCAUUGCAGUUCCACCGUUGGAAGGGUUUGUGAUGAACAGGGUGCAAGGUGAUUACUUUGAAACGCUUCUCUACAAGAUUUUUGUUUCUAUCGAUGAACAAACCAAUGUUGCAGAGUUGGCAAAUGUGCUGGAGAUAGAUCUAUCCCUUGUAAAGAAUGCAGUGUCAGUAUACUGCCGGUUGGGCUUUGCACAUAGAAAAGGACAAGUGAUAAAUGCAGAUCAGCUUCACCCAACGUGGAGGAAUGUUCCAUCAGUCAACAGAUUAAAGUGUGCAAUGGACCCUCAGAAGAUGCUGCUGUCGUGGGAUGGGAUGGAAAAUCGGAGUCCUGUGCAUGACACCACAUCAACAACAGACACUGAUGCAACUAGUCAAGAAGAUGUGGCUGACUCUGCCAGUGUGAACAGUUUAAGCUUGCCCAGUGGACAUACUAAAAGAAUUGCAUUCCUGUUUGAUUCAACCCUCACAGCGUUUUUAAUGAUGGGAAACCUUUCACCGAACCUAAAGAGUCAUGCUGUGACUAUGUUUGAAGUUGGGAAAUUAUCAGAUGAGUCUCUAGACAGCUUCCUUGUGGAACUUGAAAAGGUUCAGAACACUGGUGAGGGGGAGGCGCAGAGAUACUUUGAUCAUGCACUAACUCUGAGAAACACUAUAUUGUUCCUGCGGCACAAUAAAGACCUAGUCACUGAUGACGAACAGCCAAGCAAUGGUUUUCCAUUGGAUCUGUUACGUUGCGAGAGCUUAUUGGGAUUGGAUCCUGCCACCUGCAGCAGAGUCCUGAACAAGAAUUACACUCUGUUGGUCUCAAUGGCACCACUCAGCAAUGAAAUCCGACCAAUAAGCAGCUGCACACCACAGCACAUAGGACCAGCCAUCCCAGAAGUAAGUUCAAUUUGGUUUAAACUCUACAUCUACCAUAUUACUGGACAAGGACCUCCAUCAUUAUUGCUUACGAAAGGAUCAAGGCUUAGAAAACUCCCUGAAGUUUUUCAGGGCUAUGACCGGCUGCUUAUAACCUCCUGGGGACAUGAUCCUGGUGUUGUUCCUACUUCAAAUGUGCUCAGUAUGCUGAAUGAUGCUUUAACGCAUUCUGCUGUUUUAAUACAGGGUUAUGGUAUCCAUGGUGAGGGAGAAACUACAUAUGUUCCAUUUCCCUUUGAUGAAGUGGAGAUGAAUGGAGAAUUUUCCCGGAGCAACAUGUGUUCACAUCGAGCUUUGAAAGCGUUGAGGGCAAAACUAGAUCUGGACCAUUUCUGCGGGUUUGUGAACAUGCUGAACCCUCGAGCUCGGCGUGGCAGUGGCAGGAGACCCAGUGAAGACCUGGAUGAGAAAGAAGAAUUUGAAUCCCCAUCUGGCUCUGUACAAGGCAGCACAGAAUCAUUUGAGUUGGUGACAGAUGAGCCCGUGUCUGAUUCUGCAACCAAAAGAACUUCUGAAGCCUCCACAACAGAGCAGGAAUGGAUUCCUCUGGAGCUGUGCUUUGGAAUCCCACUCUUUGUUUCAGAACUGAACAGAAGAGUUUGUCAGAAAAUUGCCGCACAUGGAUUGUGCGGGAAGGAGAGCCUUCUGAAACUCCUGCAUUCCAGUAGGAAGCUAUCUCUGCAAGUCCUCAGCUUUGUACAGUCAUUCCAGGAAACUGGUGACUCAGAUAGUGGUCGGACAACUUUAUUUCCCCAGACAUCAUCCAUUGAUGCAGGAGUUCCUCUUCCAGCUAAGAACCUGAUCUUCAGAGAUGGUGUUUUAUCUGAAUGGGUUAGACGGUCUCCCUUACCUGUACAUAUUGCAAGGUUGCACAAGGACCAAACUAAUUAAACACAUUUCUAUUGUUAUGAUACUGCACAUCUCAAUAAGCAAGUCUCAGACAAUAGUGCUGUUUCUUUCACUUCUUCCAUACUUGGAUUUUCUCUCCUCCCUUUCUUUAACUGUUCUUUCUUCCCUCUACCCCUCUCCCUCUUUCUACCUCCCUCACUUCUCUCAACCUUUCUCUUCUCUCUACUCCACCCUUUCUCCUCUCUCCCCCUCCUCUCUACCCCACUCUCUCUCUGUCCUCCACCCUCUUUCUCCUCUGUACCUCACCCCUCUCUCCUCUCUACCCUGCCCCUCUCUCCCCCGCACCUCUCUCCUGCUCUCUACCCCACUCUCUGCUUUCUACUCUUCUCUUCUCGUCCCUACCCCCUUUUCAGUCCCAAAAGGACAACCAAGUUCUAAAUGCUGAUCCAAAUUGAUGUGGUUAUUUAGCACCUUAAUAAUGUUUUAAAAGUAAACUAUGGCUCUUAAUGAUUUAAAUUUCUUGUGCAAAAUGGUGGAAAAAUAAUUUCUGAUAACGUAAGCAAAUUGGUGUGAAGAAUUACUUGGUAUUUCCACUUGAAACUGUUGGGAAAAAUAUGUGUAGCUUUUUCUUUAAACCAGUGUUUGCGAUUGCGAGAUGUAGGGGCUAACGGUGAGUUGUAUGGUGUAUAGCAAACCCAUACAACGGUGAUCACAAUCUCACUCGCACUGAUCUAGUCAAAUCGAGAAUCUGUUUUCUUUCUUUCCUUCUACCCAGAGGACUGUCUGGAGUGACAUUUAGAGGCCCAGUGAGCCGGUGAGCACAGAUGUUGGCCAUUGUAGUAAGCCAAUCCCCUUGGCUGUAGGUGAAAUAGAAUUUCAGCUGUUUGCCCUCUGUGCCUCUGAGUGAAAACUGCUUGGAUUGGAAAGUGUUCGUUAGCACACCUCAUCCAUAAUCCAAUUGGAUCUGGUCUGCUGAAGACUCUUCAGCCAUAAGUUUAUUUUUUUUUAAUUAAAAAAAAUAGCACUGUUUGCGAUUGAGAUCCUUGUGCUAAAUAUCCAUGACAAUGAUUGGUGUACAACAAUGCCGAGCUACAAAUUUUUGUUCAAAAUGUGAUUGAAAACCGGAAACUGUUUUAGCUUUGAGCAAGUUUAAUUAUGAACAAGCUGUAGAUUUGAUCUGGUGUGCGGGUUUCUCAACAGGUACAGACUCUAGUUAACUGAUCCUGAGAUUUCUGAAAGAUAUCAAAUACUGCACUUAGCGUUUGAAUGGUUUUAAAGUAUUGAAACCAAUAUCAAAUUCUGUGGAGAGAUCAGGAGCAAGGUUUCGAUUAAUUUGAAUGUACUUUAAUAGAAUUUCUAUCUAAUGCAAGUCUUUUUUGGCAUAAAAGCAAUUUUUUUAACCAUCAGCCUAUUAUAACUUUUCAGCAUCAAUGCAGUUGAAUUCUCUUUAUUUUCUGACGGCACCAAAAGGGGCCAUUUGGCCCAUUGAGUCUAUGCCAGCUUGAAAUGCACACCCAUCAGUCCACUUCCCCCUUGAUUAUUUUGAGUUUUUUUUAAAUGUCCACUGCUGAAGCUGGCUGACAGAUGUCUUGAAUUUACCAGAUUGUUUCAUUUUUAAAAACUGGAAAUGGUUUGGCAGGUAAGGUGACUGAUAAAGGUUUGCUUGCAUCCUACAAAACCUGACUUGCACACGAGAUACUUUCUCUGUUGAACUCCAUUGCAAAGCAGUUUGUCCAUGGUCAGUUUGAGCUGCUACUUAUGUUGAUUUCAUUCUUCCUGAGGUAUUAAGGUAUCUGAUCCAAACCAUUGGAAAAUGAAUUAUCCAAGUGGCUGAUUCGCUCUGUCUGUUACAACAAACUGCAUCUACACUUGGACAGUUGCCUUGACACUGUCUUUCCCCAUUGUUCUGGGACCAGUAAUGUUGUGCACAUGAUGCUUAAAUGCUGUCCUGUUAGUAACAGACCUGUUAAACCUCCUAUGCACCUCUGUGUACUUGUCUUUUAUAGUUCAUCUGCUAUUGAAAUGCUACAUGUCAUUGUAAUUUCACAAGUAACCCUUAUCUUAUUUUCAUUCCUGUCAGCCUCUGGGUGCCCAAGGAAUUAUCUUAGCAAUAAGAGCUAUGAAGUAUGAGAAUAGAAACCAUGAAAAUGUAUAUAGUAAUGUAGGCAUCAAGUGUAUGCGUGUGUUCAUUGACUAAUUAUCUGUAAUGCCAGGCAACGAUCAUUUGUCUUUCUUACUUUUCUGUACACCUGUCUUGUUUUGCAAAAGAAAAAGUUAAGUUGUUGUUGACAUGCACAUUCCAAGUACUUCAGUUGGAGAUUUGACCCCUCAAAUUGGAAACAUUCUGACUGGUGAGACUGUUGAUUCAUGGUAAAGAAGAGUACCUUUGGAAAUUUAUUCUGAUAUUAUCUUGGAAGAAUAUAGCUAAUAAAUGUUAUUGAGAUUUGAUAAUCCA